AAAAAAAAAGAAAAGAGAAAAAAGAAAAAAGAAAAAAAGGAAAUGGUAGGACUAGGAAUUGUUAUCUUUUGUUGUAUAACUCUCGAACUAAAAAAAUUGUCUUAAACUACAGGCAAAUUACUAUCCACGCUGUCCUGAGCCAGAGUUGACCUUGGGACUGGGUUCUCACACAGACGCAGAUGCAGUCACAAUUCUUUGCCAAUCUGAAGGAGUUAGUGGUCUCCAAGUGAUCAAAAAUGGGAAAUGGGUUGGUGUUGAUCCUGUUCCUAAUGCUUUUGUCAUCAAUCUGGGUGAUCAAAUCCAGACACAACAUCACUUUUAUCAUGUCUUUAAUAUUUACAGAGGUGAAAGUGGUUGUUGUAUUUGAUGCUAUGUUGUCUGGACUCCCUACACAGAAGGAAAGUUUUGGCAGGAUUGAUAUAGUUUUCUGUGGAGAAACAUGUGCUGAUUCAUGGAUUGAGAAAGAGAUUGUAGCUUUGAAGGAAGAUGGAUGGCCCAGCGUUUGGGUUGUGACUUCUGAUCACUGUCAUCGGCAUGCGGCCCAUGGAGUAGGAGCCUUUGUGUGGAGUUGUAAGGCAUUGGUUUCUGAGAAAUGGGAGAAGGCUGCUGUGUAGAAGGUAUUCUUGAACUCAGUUGACAAAAGACAUAAAACUGUAAACCCUUUUUACGGUUAGAGCAGUUGUGGACGACAGUUUUUGCUUGUUUCAAGGCCACAUUGAGAAUGUUGCUGUUCUUAAGCAACAAUAUUGAGUUAACAUAAUAUUUGUGCUACAAUAUAGGGAGAAGUUGACAACAUUAGAUUUCUUCCAGAAUGUUUGGGCUAUAUAUUGAUGGGAAGGGAAAAAGGAGGAAAUUUUAAGGCAGUUUUGAGGAAGGUGUUUCUUUCGGUGGUGGAGUUAUCACUCCUCUAUAUGAGGGGGUUGCUACGGUAUGUUUUUUGUCAUCAUUAACUGCAAUAUGAAUGUGGUGAAUAAGAUUUCUUUUCACAAUUUUUAUGUUUAUUUUCUUGGCUACAAAUUAUUUGAUACAAUUUUUAUUAUAUCUGUUAUUAAUUUUUAUAUAUGUGUGGUUAUUUUUUUGAAUAGCAAUAGUAGGAAUAGAAACAUGAAUAGUGAUUGGAAUUAGAAUAGUCCCCCUAAACCCUGAAAAGGAAUAGUUAGUAGAAUAUGAGUAGUGAUCAAAAUAGUAACCUGAACAAGAAUAGUGAUAGACGUAGAAAUCGGAAUAGUGAUAAGAACAACAUAGUGAUUAGAAUAGAAUUAUUAUAGGUAUAGUAAUAGGGUUAGGGCCCACUCGUGGGUAGCUCAGAUGGUUAGGGCGAAUUGGGGACCGUGAGUAGCACGGUGUCAAGUUUGAUUCCCCAUCUGAGCAUCCGCGAUCUUAAAGUGGGAGACCGUGGUGGUGGGUGCCAUAGCUAGUCUCCCCCGAGGAUUAGUCGAGCUUAAGCGUAAACUAGUCUCCUCCCGAGGACUAGUUGAAAUGCGCUUUCUCGGAUACCUUGGUUACCAAAAAAAAACUAUCGGG